AUGGAAAAGCGUGAUCUCGGGCGCUAUGCCUACGAGAACAAAAUGCCUGACUGGCUAUACUGCUUGCUUGAGGAUGAGGGAAAGCAGCAUCUAGAAGAUGCGCCAUCCGGAAUUUCAGAUGUUCUUGGCAAGCUAAUCGACCAAGACCGAGACGUCGAGACAGCGUACAUCUGCCAUUUUGCUGUACGUUAUGUUGGGAAGAUCAAAGUCAAGGGUAAAAAUGAGGGUAACAAUUUCUGUGGUUAUCACAAUAUCCAAAUGCUCGUCAGCUACAUCAAUGCCGCAGAGGUGCAAGGUUCUGAAAACUUUGCUAAUGGUAUUCCCACCAUCUGGGAGAUACAAAAUAUUAUCGAGGAGGCUUGGGAUCACGGUUUCAAUGAGUCUGGCCGGCUGCAGACGGGCGGGAUCAAGGGCACUCGAAAACACAUUGGGACGCCAGAGGCCCAAGCACUAUUUGGUAGCUUGAAGAUCCCUUGUAAAGCGGACAGAUUCCAGGACAUCAAAGGUGGCGCCAAGGCCUACGAGCAAUUGCUCGAUUCCGUGGAGUACUAUUUCUCCAACUCAAUCACCACUUCACACCUGAGGACGUCUCCCAGAGUCCAGAACACCGAACUCCCUCCCAUUUAUCUCCAACGGCCCCGUCACUCAAUGACCGUCGUCGGUAUUGAAAAGCGGAAAAAUGGCUCCCGCAGCCUGCUCGUUUUCGAUCCAGCUUACAAUCCCUCCAAGGAAAUGUUGAAGAUGUUAAACCUCGCUUCUGCCACCAAUAGUGAUACGCCUUCAAUAUCAUUGAUCAAACCCUACCGACGCCGGGGUUCUGGAUUCAGCGUUGGGCCUGACCUUCAAGCAAGCUCCCACAAAUCUGGUCCUAUAUUGAUGCCCGCAAUUGAGGAGGCUCCCACUGUCAGAACAAGUUCCUGCAAUGUCAUCUCAACCUACUUCUAA